AUGACAGAUUUGGAGAACCACACAAUCACUGAAUUUAUUCUUCUGGGUUUGCUGCAAUACACCCCAACUCACAUGUGUCUCUUUGCACUUAUCAUCAUAAUAUUUCUUUUUACACUCACCGGAAACAGCCUCUUAAUUUUGGUGAUCCUGAUAGAUCCCAAUCUUCACACUCCAAUGUAUUUUUUCCUUUGGCAGCUAUCUCUCAUUGACAUUCUCUUUACUCUUGCCAUUGUACCCAAGAUAAUGACAGACUACCUUCUGCAUAAAACAGUCAUCUCUGUUUCUGGCUGUGGCACCCAAAUCUUCCUGGGGCUGGCUCUGGGAGGAACUGAGUGCAUCCUUUUAGGUCUCAUGUCCUAUGACCGAUAUGUUGCCAUCUGCAAGCCUCUACAUUAUCCACUUCUCAUGAACUGGUCCCUAUUUAAGCAGAUGGCUUUUAGCUCAUGGGCCAGUGGUGUUUUCAAUGCCUUGAUGCACACUGUCUACACCAUGAGAUUCUCCUUUUGUGGAUUGAGGGAAAUACAUCAUUUCUACUGUGAACUUCCCAGUGUCUUGCAUCUCUCCUGUGAGGACACCUCGACCUAUGAGACGGGAGUUUUCAUUAGCACUACCAUUUUGCUUCUUAUUCCAUUCUCAGUCAUCCUUGCUUCUUACACACUCAUCCUGGUCACCAUCAUCCAAAUGACUUCUACUGAGGGGAGGAAGAAAGCAUUUUCUACUUGCUCAUCUCAUCUUACAGUUGUCAGCUUAUAUUAUAGUGCCAUUAUUUUCAUGUAUAUGAGGCCAAUCUCUUCUCAUACUUUCAGUCAAGACAAAGUAGUAUCUGUCUUCUAUACCAUUCUGACACCUAUACUAAAUCCUAUGAUUUAUAGUCUUAGAAAUAAGGAUGUGAUGGGAGCCUUGGGAAAAAUCCUAUGGAAGUGUACAUUGUAUUCUAAAAUGUGA